GCCGAGGGCUGACAUUUUCUCCAGGGUCUCCGCCGCAGGGAACCCAGCGCUGAGAGCCCCGGGGCUUUGAACAGACUGAGACCACUUGAGGCUUGUUUUGUAGACAAAAAAAAAUCACCAGACUGAUCCAAGAGCAGCAACUCUAAAGGACCGAGGAGAGCUCCCCGCCUGAACCCCUCCUGACAGCAAGAAGGACUCUGGACAGCCUGAAGUGAAGGGUCACUGAGCUCAGACACUCUCCUUCCAUUGACUCCCAAUUAUACACACAUAGGGGAAAGUCACACAGACGGACACAUCUGCAGGACGACACGUACAUCUUCACAUUUCACACGCAGACUCUUGGGUGCACACACAAAGACUCAUCCGUGCACAAACACAGACAUACACUCACACACAGGGCCUCUGAGCAGGAUGAGGGAACCCUGGAGGUGCCUGCUGGGCCUUUGCCUCCUAGCAUGCUCGGCCUCCACCCACAGUGCCGCCAAUCCCUUCGCAGGGCAGCAGACCCCACCGGACCCUUGCUAUGAUGACACAGGCGCAGCCCGCCGCUGUAUCCCCGAGUUUAUCAAUGCCGCCUUCGGCAAGGAGGUGAUGGUGUCCAGCGUCUGCGGCCGGCCUGCGUCCCGUUCCUGCAGCGUGGUGGAGAGGGGCGACGAUCGGCCCUCUGUGCGCACAUGCCAAAUCUGUGACGCGGCUGACCCUCGCCGUGCCCACCCUGCUUCCUACCUCACUGACCUAAACUCAGCACACAACAUCACCUGCUGGCAGUCAGAGAAUCUGAACACCUCGCCGCACAACGUGAGCCUCACCCUUUCACUCGGCAAAAAGUUUGAGAUCACCUAUGUCAGCCUGCAGUUCUGUUCCCCACGACCCGAAUCCCUGACCAUAUACAAGAGCAUGGACUACGGCAAGACCUGGAUGCCCUACCAGUUCUACUCCUCGCAGUGCCGGCGCAUGUACAAUCGGCCCAACAAAGCAACCAUUACCAAGCAGAACGAACAGGAGGCUCUCUGCACCGAUGGCCACACUGACCUCUACCCGCUGUCUGGAGGACUCAUCGCUUUCAGCACUCUGGACGGACGGCCCUCCGGCAAAGACUUUGACAACAGCCCCGUCCUACAGGACUGGGUCACCGUCACUGACAUCCGCGUGGUCUUCAGCCGGCCCCAGCUGCCCCGGGAGCUGGGGCUGGGGGCUGGGAGCAACAGCGGAGGGAGGGACGACGACCCCAUGGCGGUGACGACGACGCUGCCGACGUAUUUCUAUGCAGUGGGAGACUUCCAGGUGGGUGGGAGGUGUAAAUGCAACGGACACGGCUCCCGCUGUCUGAAAGACAAGGAAGGCAAGCUGGUGUGCGACUGCAAGCACAACACAGAGGGACCCGAAUGUGACCGCUGCAAGCCCUUUCACUACGACCGACCGUGGCAGAGGGCCAAUGCCCGCGAGGCCAAUGAGUGUCUGCCGUGCAACUGCAACCUCCACGCCCGUCGCUGUCGAUUCAACAUGGAGUUGUAUAAGCUGUCGGGGAGGAAGAGCGGAGGGGUCUGCAUGAACUGCCGCCACAACACCGCAGGCCGCCACUGCCACUACUGCAAGGAGGGCUUUUACAGGGACAUGGCCAGACCCAUCACCCACCGACGGGCCUGCAAAGCCUGUGACUGCCACCCUGUGGGCGCGGCAGGCAAGACGUGCAACCAGACCACAGGCCAGUGCCCCUGCAAGGACGGCGUCACCGGCAUCACCUGCAACCGCUGCGCCAAGGGUUACCAGCAGAGCCGCUCACCCGUGGCCCCCUGCAUCAAAAUCCCAGUGGUCAACCCCACAGCUGUGGUGAGCAGCACAGAGGAACCAGCUGAUUGUGAGUCGUAUUGUAAACCAGUGAAGGGCAACCUGAAGAUCAACAUGAAGAAAUACUGCAAAAAGGAUUAUGCGGUGCAAGUGAACGUGCUGGACAUGGAGACGAUCGGGGACUGGGCGAAGUUCUCAGUAAAUUUGGUGUCCGUGUACAAGAGCCGCGGCGAGCCCUUGAAGCGAGGCGACAACAUCCUGUGGGUCCACAUGAAGGACCUGGCCUGCAAAUGUCCCAAGAUCCAGAUGAGCAAGCGCUUCUUGGUGAUGGGCGGCAGCGACGGCGGUGGUACGGGCACAGGGACGGGUCCGGGGGUCGGUCCUGGCGGUGGAGCGACCAGUCCGGGGGCGGAGCGCGUGGGCCUAAUGGCCGAUAAGAACAGCCUGGUGAUCCAGUGGAGGGACGUUUGGACGAGACGCCUGAGGAAGUUCCAGCGCAAAGAGAAGAAGGGGAAGUGCGGCAAAGCGUGAUGGGAAAGCAGCGUUCAUCCCUUCCCCCACCUUCAUGAACCCUUACCCCCGCAAUCUCCCUUUCCUCCCCCUGUCUUCCCCCAUCACGGGAACACUGCACAUUAGAAAGACUGCAUGUACCCUACCUGUUUUAAGGACCACGUUUUGUGUAUAUUGUAUAAUUAUUUUCCUUUUUUUUUUUUUAUUUUUCAAGGUUUGUCUUUGUUAUGUCGGUUGUCUUUUUUUGUCCAAUUGGUUUGCCUUAAAAAGGGACCAUUAAAAAGGGUAUGAAGUGUAGACAAAAGCAGACGCCAUUUCCCUCCUCGACGAC